UAUCGAUUAUCUAUAGGUAAUCUAGUACAUGCAAUUAUUAUUAUACAUACUUCACAACUUGACGUGUUUGAUCCUCUUACGUUCUUUUACACUUUUCUUUUCCAAAAAAAUAUCAUAUACUUUCCUAUAAUAGGGGAAUAUACUCCGAACGCACACUUCCAACUCGAGGGAACCUUUUACCGCUUCUUUCGCCCACCUUUCCGACCAGCCUUUCAAGUAGGAACUCAGAUCCCCACUACGCGUACCGCCGAUUAAUAAGUUUGAAGAAGAAAACUUAUAUCAUUCAGAGAAAGUACUACAAGAGAUUCACCAGUCUCGGAAUUUAGAUCUUGAAUUUUUCGGUCCGGCACAUCACAAAAGAAAAUCUACGAAGAACCAGGUACCAUUAGUUUUUGACGUCAACGUUACCGUACAAUAGGCUUUCGUACUACACACACCAUACAAUAUACAUCAACCUCGAAAGCAUAGAAGAUAGCACGAUAAUGGUGUAAAAUAACGUUGGUGAUCAUGUUGGAGGAAUUUAGAAGUUGGAAGGAAAAGCCCGAUCCAUAACAUAUAACGAAAUUCCCCUCCAUCCUCCCCCUCAUUUCGAGACGAAAAACUCAGAUGCCAUAUUCUCCAUGGCACCCCUCCCAACACACAUAGCACGAACUGUGCUUCAAUUUUCCUCGAGAGAUAUUGGAGACAAUACGAAUGAAGGUCAAGAUUUAUCGAUAUCCGAAGGAUUGGUUUUGCAAAAACUUGCAUUGACAUUUGCAACUGCUAGUGUUGCUUCUUCGAUUCUAGCUUUUUAUUGGUUUGUUAGAAUGAGACGUUCGUUCAGACAUGAUCUCAUUAUGUUAUUAAUUCAAAGCGAUAUGUUUAAAGCUUUAUGGUUUAUGGUUUUUCCAAUCGUUGUCUUUUUACAUGGUCCUGUAGCAGAUAAUUCAAAAUUUUGUCAAAUAAGUGGAUUUUUUCUAGCUUUAGGAAUUGAAGCUUCAGAUAUCUCGGUUCUUAUGGUUGCUGUACAUACUGCGUUGUAUAUUUUCAGACCUAGAUCCUCGUCUGGCGAAGGGGGCCUCUAUCCAUAUCGUAGGAUAGCUUACACCAUUUGGAUAGUCUUUCCACUUUUGACGGCGUCUCUGGCUUUUGUUAAUGAUCAUGAAGCUUAUGUUGCUCAAGGACCGUACUGUUAUCUACCAGUACGACCUUUUUGGUAUCGCUUGGCUUUAAGUUGGAUCCCUCGAUACAUUAUUUUCAUCACCAUUGUCACUGUUUAUGUUUCGAUAUAUUUCUAUGUACGAUUUAGGUUUCGUGGAUUCGAGAACAGUCAUUCUCAAGAUAGUUGUGAUUCGACCAGACGCAAUCAAGUACGAAGGAGUCUACCUCCUCCAGCUCUAAUUCUUAAUGGACCCGUGACUGAAAUAAGACGUCCUUCCGCUGCGUAUGUUACCGAGAGAAGGAAACAAUCCUCGUCGACUUUGGAAUCCCUCGCCAACAUGAGGAAAAAUGCUCACCAAUUUAUGUGGACUUCAGUAUUCCACUCUCGCAAUCGAACUCAUUCCGUAUCUCCUCCAUCAGAAAUCUCUGCACCGGAUACUGACUCAUACGCUGGAGCAUCAACACCACAAAUCGUAUCCGAGAUAACCAGUCCAGCUAUCUUGAUGCCACAACAAAUACUCAAUCCACUUCCUCAUCCUCAAUUUCGAAAUACAUCAUGGAGAGAAAGUAUUGCCAGACGAUUAUCUCUCGACUCGAAUGGUUCCGUAUAUAUUCAUCCCGCUACUCUUCAACAACAAAAUGGAUCAGCCGAACAAGCAAAUCCUUACGAUAUGUAUCUUGUCAAUUCUCGCGGUCAAGAUUUAACGGUAUCGGAAAUGAUACGCACACGAGACAAAAUCCGUCGUCAACUUCGAUUUUUAUUUAUUUACCCUUUGGUUUACUUGGGAAUGUGGACUGUCCCAUUUGUAUUCCACAUUCUACAAUUCAAUGAUAAGUUGGCGGUCAAUCCGCCAUUUGCGAUUAAUUUAUUAGCUACCGUUUUUAUUUGUGCACAGGGUGCUGUGGAUUGUUGGUUAUUUUCCACACGUGAGAAGCCGUGGAAACAUAUUCCCGGAACGGAUGGAACUUUUUUCGGGAGUCUAAAAUUCUGGGUCAUCUUUUUCGGCAAGGGAAAGGAGAGACAGGGACAUGGGCCGGGAAAAACGAGAAACGAAAUGGCGAGGGAAGCGCGACAAGCGUACAAGAGAAGAGAUCAGGAGCUGGCGCAGAGGAGAUUCGAGGCGCAGGCGGGUAAUGGUGUAGUUAUGGAGAGAGGAAGAGGCGAUAUAAGUUGGUGGGAUGUUGAAGGGGCCGAUGGAUUGGGAACGGUUGGUGUUGGGGCCGGAGUGGCGGCCAUGACGCCUGUUCAGGAGGAAUUUUCGAUUUCGACGGAUGGGGAAUCUGAGGAAGUGGGUGGGCCUUCGGAGCCGAUCCGAGAACAUGAUCCCGUUGAUAUGAAUGCCGAUGGCUCUGCAGUUAAUGGGAAAGAAAGAAAUGGUGAUGUUUAAUGGUUGGGGGGCAUAAAGUAUAUGAUUAAUCAAUGACGGUACAUACAUCGGUAGGCAUAGCGUUUGAGCAUUGCAUAAUACGGCGGCAUAGCAUAUGGGGAAGGCAUAUUCAAGGGCAUACAUGCUGGCGUUCGAAACGGAAUCAAGCAUUUUUGGGAGUUAUGGUAUUGCAUAUGUAUAAGCAUUGGGUAUGGAUAUGGGCAUCGACCGGCGAGUCUACGGACCCGGUAUUGGGUGGGAAAGG